UAAUUAUAACAAAUAUUAAUACGUAGGUACGAUUUUCAUUAUGAUAAUAUAAUAGAGUGUAUAGGUGGUAGGUCAAAAUCUAAGACAGUUUUAGCCUUAGUUCAUGAAGAGCUGUGGUGUGUACAAAUAUGUAACUAUUGUAUAGUAAUUAUUACAUACAUUCAAACUACUGAGUAAGUAUGACAUUACCAAACCAGAAAGAUGAACCAAAAUCAACAGUGACAAAAGAAUCAAUGUUGGUCAAAUCAAAUUUAAAAGGAGAUUGGCCUAAUAUUUUUCUAUUGUUGUUGCUUUACAUAAUGCAAGGCAUUCCUUUAGGCAUAGUUACAGUUAUUCCAAUGCUUUUGCAAAGUAAACAAAAUGUAACUUACAAAGAACAGGCUUUAUUUAGCAUAGUUGUGUGGCCAUUUAGCUUAAAACUGUUAUGGGCUCCUUUGGUAGAUGCACUCUACAUACAAAAAAUUGGAAGGCGUAAGUCAUGGCUUAUUCCAGUUCAGUUUUUAAUGGGUAUGUACAUUUUAUUUCUUUACUACAUAUUUUCUACUAAAAACAUUGAAUCGGUAUCACUGUAAUCAGUGUGUCUUAAA